UAAAAAUCUGUUAAAAUGAAUUUCUACCAGAGUGCUUACGAUCUAAAGUUCUUUAACUUUACCGCUGAACAGAUAUCGUCAGAACGCGAGCACUUGGUGCAUAACCUCAUUAGCAAGGCUAUUGAAAACGCCAUUCAGAAGAUUGAAACGCCGGCCACCUCGGCACUGCUAGGCGCGCAGAAGGAUGCAGUGAUCAGUCGCGUGGAGGCCGCUACCAAAAAGAACAUGCAAUCCCUCCGAUUGCUGGACAAGAAAUACUUUCACAUUCCGUCGCAUGUGCUGCAGGUAGAGGACUUUCACCUGGAGCACCAACCCACCCCUCUUGAAGAGGAGAAAAAGAACAACGAGCUGGAGCAUCUGAAGUUGCGCUUUCGCCAGAACCUGAUCACGCUGGCCAAGGUAGAGGCAGAGGGGAACCACUAUGCUUCUGUGGCUAAAAUCGCCCAGGAGGAAACGGAUAUUCACAAACAGGUAUACAAAGAUUGUAAAUGCAUAAAACUGUCCAUGAUGGCCGAAGUCGCCACUCUCGUUGCCACCAUGUCUGACUGAAAUGCCACUGAAAUUUGAUAUAAUUCCCUACUAUUACACACCCGAAAUUGUAUGAGUUGUGAAUACUAAUAGAUGAAUACAAGAAUCGUCAUCAUGAGCCUUUAA